CUAAAAGAUACUGUUAACAUGUGUUUUAUUUUAUAAAUCGUUAUUAUUUGCGAAAUUCUUAAAUAUUUCUGUGCAUUUUAAGUCAUUUUAAACAAAUUUAACCACUAAUAUUCUCAGUAACUACUGAAAUUAGGUGAAUUCGGUAAACUCGUGUGAUGUUCUUUGUUUAAUUUCAGUUGGCACCUCUUAUGACAGUUGACUUAUUUCUUACGAAAAGGGCGAGAAAGUUUCACUUUAUCGCGAUAAAAUGGAAACGAUCGACGUGACGCUCGGUUCGGACGAACGGGAAGAGGGCGAAAUCGUCGACGACGAUUUCGAAGACAUAUCCGACAAUUCGCUAACUUUACCCAUCCAGAAUGGUAAGUUGACAACAUCUAAGCGACAUUUACGGGGUCUUUCUUUAAGCAGCAUCAGCGACGGGGAGAUGCGGGUAGUGAAACGUCGCAGGAAAUCCGAAUCGUCGAAGAGGCGGAAAAAGUCCAGGAAAAAGUCCAUCAGCGACGAUUCGGACAGUGAUAGAUUUGUGCUCGACCACAAGGUGCUCAAGAAGCAACUGAAGGCUACGGUGUGCAUAGAGAAGGAAGAGUGGCACGUUAACAGCUUGAAAACGAGGCUGAAAAUAAUGCAGAAUUUGGGGGGUGUAGAUAAGUCGGAAGAGGCCAUCAAAAUCAAUGACAAUCCAGAAAAAAUAGAUAAUGAGUUGAUGGUUUUAAGGAGUGAGGCGUUACGAACAGCGAUUUUAAACAAAUACAACCACAAGAAAAAGAAAAAACUCAAAGAUGAAGGCAAUAUAUCGGAUAAUUCUGCUGUUUCCGAAACCAACAAGGAAAAUAACGAUAAAAACGUGGAAGAUACAAAUUUAACUCAGGAAGACGAUGAAGAUAUCCUUCGGGCGAAUUUGUUGGCUUCUAUGUCACAAAAAAUCGCUAAACCCGUAGAAAAAGUAGUGAAAAUUGAGAAAAAGACUGAGAAUGCCCCAAAACCAAUCAAAUCUAUAAAUAACUACAAAGUUGUGAGAAAAAUAACUACAAAACCUCUACCAACAAUGCCAAUUGUUAAACCACUUAUAAUAAACAUCAACAACGACUCAGAUACAGAGGAAGAAACCACAAACAUAAAUGACAUCCAAAGUACUGUAGAUAAAUUUUUGAAAGAGCAAAGAGCUCAAGUCGAGGCCAAAAGCGCCAAAGUUAGCACCCCAGUUUUAAAAAAUAAGCCAAAUAAUGGCACUGCUAAGUCAGCUGUAAAAUUACUACCAAAAGAUAAACAAAUCGAGUACCAAGAAUUACUGCAAAAACUGGCGAUAGCAAAUAAUAAAAUUAAACCUGCAGUAAAGAAAAAAUUACUCGAAACCACUCCAAAUAGAGUUGGUAAAAAUAAUUUGACUGCUGAAAAAGUUGUUCCAAAUAAAGUUGUAAAUAAAGUCAAUACACCUAAAAGUGACAAUAGAGUUUGGGAUUAUAAAAAGGAUCUUAAUGUCUUCAAAGGAGUUUACAAGGAGAUGCAGGUCGAAAAGAAUGGAAGAUUACAGAUACAGGAGAGUUACGCGCAGCUGAAGCCGGCGGUGGCGAAAAUUUUCGCGGCCAUUAACGAACGGAAAAAGCACGAGAAACGCGUCAAGGAGCUGAUGUUGGAGCUGAACGCGGCGAAAAGGAAGCUGGAACAGUCGCAGCAGAUUGUUUGCCUCAACGUGCAAGACCUGGUCGGCAAAAAGCAAAAAUUUGAUUCAAGCAAAAUCAAAAAAUUACCACCCAACCCAACUAUUCUUCUUCCUCCCAGACCUAAGACACCGUUAGUCGUAGAAAUACCGGAAAUACCGCUGCCGGCCGUAAAAAGUCCGGUUUCAAUGGUGGAAGAAACGAUUAAUUUUGGCGAUCCCAACGAUAUUCACAAAAUAUUAGAAAUAAAAAAAUUGCCAAUUGUGGAGACCACUCUGGCCAAGUAUAUAUCACCUUUAGAUUCCAAAAGAGUCGAAACUUUUGACCCACUCGCCAUAAUCUGUCCAUACGAAGUAGAUGGGAAUUGUAGAGACAAAGAUUGUCAGUUCAAACACAUAUUAUAACAUAAGUUUACUGUAUAUAUUAUUUAAAUUAGGCAUUAAAAUGUGAUUUACUGUUUUGUAAGCUUUUAUAAUGAUCUAUUUUAUAUUUUAUGUUACCUAUACAUGUGAUAUACAUUAUAGAA